AUGUUCGAUAGAAUUCAAAGGAAACAAAACACCCUCUCUCAUGGUAAAAUACCGCAUGGAAUACAAGUCUUCUCCACUGCACUUGCACUUGUUGUCAGAGCUAGAAUUUGCCCACCUGCAUGGUCCACUUUACGACAUCUUUCUCAGAUGCGUACUGUUUCACAAUCUAAUUCUAUCCAGACUGGCUUACAUAUAGAACGGAGAAAGAUCAAUUUUGGGCUCCAUAGGGCUCAUUUUAAGGAACCCGUCUUGAAUGCCGGGCAGACAAAGACAGGACUGCCCCUAAAAUGGGAUGAUUUCAGAGAAACUGAGGCGAGGCAAAGGAAAAGGUAUGGUCUCUAUCAACCCCACACACACUGGACCCUGCCCGUGCUGCCCGUAAAAGAUAAUGAAAGGACAAAGCUGACAUCACUACCUCCUGUAAGCUACGCUGACAGCUCUGUCAGCGAGGCGUCAAUCAUAAAGCAAUGGAUUGCAAAAUGA